GAAGCAUUCGGUCCGGAAUUGUUAGUCCUCCGGAUUUGUUUCAACAUGGCUGUGCCUGCUGGAAGGUCUGUGGUUUUCGUGACUGGAAAUGCAAAAAAGCUCGAAGAGGUCAUUCAGAUACUUGGAGAUAGGUUUCCUUACAAACUGGUGUCCAAAAAGAUUGACUUGCCUGAAUACCAAGGAGAGCCAGAUGAGAUUUCCAUACAUAAGUGUAAGGAGGCUGCACGGCAGGUUGAAGGGCCUGUCAUAGUGGAGGACACCUGUCUAUGUUUCAAAGCUUUGGGAGGCAUGCCUGGUCCUUACAUAAAAUGGUUCCUGGAUAAACUCAAGCCAGAAGGCUUGUACAAACUCCUAGCUGGAUUUGAAGAUAAAUCAGCAUGGGCUCUCUGUACUUUUGCUUUCUCUGCUGGGAAAGAUGAACCAGUACAGCUCUUCAGAGGGAUAACAGAGGGACACAUUGUUGAACCCAGAGGGCCUCGAGACUUUGGAUGGGAUCCCUGUUUUCAGCCAGAGGGAUAUGACAAAACCUAUGCUGAACUUCCCAAAGAGGUGAAGAACACUAUCUCUCAUCGCUACCGGGCGCUUGCUGCCAUGUCCGAGCACUUCUCCCAAACCAACAAUACCUCACCCGAGAGCAAGAAGAAGAAGCCGCAGGAUUAAAACGCAAUUUAAAACCAUCUACAGGUUCAGAAUAUGGAGAAAAAAUGUAACAAACCUCAAGUCAUUCGAUUUGACAUUGUAGAGGAUACUUGUUCAUAUUUAGACAUGUUAUUGUUGGGUCAGAAACGGUUGUCAGAUAACAAAGAUUAUUAUCACGCGUAUAGAAUCUGGUAGAAAAUGUGCUGCAUAAUAUCAGUUUUGCCUCAUUUUUAAUAAAGUAUUUUUUAAAGAAA